AUGGCGACAAACGCUCUCGCAGGGACAUCCAGUGCCAACGCCUCCAAAGCGCCGCUUACAAAGAACGCCAAGCGAAGGCAGAAGAAGAAACAACAACAACAACAGCAGCAGCAGGCACCACAAUCAUCCACAUCCACCCCGACUUGGAACAAUGCCUCGACGACGACGACGACGACAACAACAACAACAACAACAACAAACGGCAACCAUGUCCUGAAAGAAGGAUCUUACGAUCGUCCGUCUUCAUCCUCCUCCUCCAUCAUCGACCAAGCAGCAGAAAUCCGCAUCGAUCCAGAUUCAGAAGUCUACAAAGCCUUCUCCAACGUUCUCUCCCGCUACCAACCGGAUAGGCUCUCUUCCCUACAACAGUCCUCCUCCCACACCAAAGGCGAGAUCAUCUACUCUGACGACGAGAUCGAAUGGGAACACGAUUCAGACUCAUCCUCCAGCGCUGCAGCUCAUCGGCCCACUCGACUAUCCAAACGGAAACAGAAGAAACUUGAACGGCUCACCGUUGCAGAACUCAAACAACUCGUUCGUAAACCCGAGGUGGUUGAAUGGACAGAUGUUACUUGCAACGAUCCUCGUCUACUCGUCCAUCUCAAAUGUACACGCAACUCGGUUGCCAUCCCUCCUCAUUGGGCUCAGAAAAGAGAUUACCUUCAAAACAAACGUGGGAUGGAAAAACGACAAUACCAACUGCCUUCUUAUGUCGCUGAUACUGGCAUUGCUACUGUCAAAGAUGCGCUCAAGGAAAAGGAAGCAGAACAGAGUCUCAAGCAGAAAACGAGAGAGAGGGUGCAGCCCAAGAUGGGUAAGAUGGAUAUCGAUUAUCAAAAGCUCUACGAUGCGUUUUUCAAGUUCCAAUCGCCUCCACAUCUUUCGCCUUAUGGAGAUAUCUACUAUGAAGGCAAGGAGUACGAGUGCAAGUAUAAGGAUAAGCGACCGGGACAGCUCAGUAAGCCGUUGAUCGAAGCGCUCAGUAUACCGCCACUUGCACCACCACCAUGGCUGAUUGCAAUGCAGAGAUACGGCCCUCCACCCAGUUAUCCUCAUCUGCAGAUACCUGGUUUGAAUGCACCCAUCCCAGAAGGUGCACAGUGGGGGUUCCAUCCCGGAGGAUGGGGUAGACCACCUGUCGACGAGUAUGGUAAGCCGCUCUAUGCAAAUGUCUUGGCUAAUCCAGUCGAGUUGGCCCUCGAUGCCGAAUUGGUGGACAAGGUUGAGAAACAGCAUUGGGGUCAACUCGAACCUGAACAGAGCGAUCACGAAGAGCAAGAAGAAGAGCAAGAGCAAGAGCAAGAGCAAGAGCAAGAGGAGCAACAACAAGAGCAAGAGCAGCAAGAAGCAGUCGACCAAUCCGGAUUACAAUCCGUCGCAUCAACAGUCGCAGCGGGUUUACAAACCCCAUCCUUCAUCGAACUGCGUAAAGAUGCUCGUGUCGAGGGCAACAAAGAAGCUGCACCUAGAUCGCUGUACCAAGUUCUACCUGAACGAGCAGCAAGCUCAUCAGCUAGUGGUCAGUUUAUUGCUUCAGAACGCCUCUAUGAUCUUGAGGGCGCCAAGCCGCAUUGGUAUUCGAAUGAACCUCUCCUUGGCUCCGAACGCACCUCCGAACGCGGAACUAAGAGAGCAGCCGAUGCAAUUCAAGUCUCUAUCCAUCCAGAUGAUCUACAUAAUCGCAAAGGUUUAGCCGCUAGAUACGACCAAGAGAGGAAAGCAAAGGCUCAAUCUAGAUUCGAGUAUGCCAGCCAAGACGGUGAACAGGUGGCGCAAGUUAGCCAGCAAAUCACCAGCCAGAGAAGGAGAGAGGAGGAGGCAAGGGCUGCGAGGAGGCAUUGA